ACCAACGCGAGAUAUGUUAAAAUCGCAGACACAAUGUGCUUGGCCUAUUUCAUCCAUACAACUGCCGAAAUAUGAACCUUCGCGUUGUGUAAUUGUUGAUUGUCCGUUUUAUUGCCUGACGAAUCAUUCGAAUACUGCAUUUUUAUAAUCGAAACGUUUGUAAUAUAACUUUUACGUUGAUUCGAAAUAAGAAACUGAGACAACACCAAUAUUUUAUCUUUUUGGCCGAUAGAAAUCUCACCGGAGAGACUCAUGUCUUUUUGUUCGCUCGGUUUUUAAUGUUUUGUAUCGAAAAUAGACAUAAGCAUGGAUGUCCGGAAAGAGCUUGAUUUUCAAUUUUUGGAUCUACACGACUUGGGUGAUAGCGAUAAAAAUCAGUUGAUGGCAAUUUUAAAAUCUAGUAAUGUCACGGACGCAUUAAAACUACCAUGGGAUACCGUCGAUAAUAAUCACGAAGCAAACUCGACCGUAACAGAAAUAUCGGAAUUGCAAAAUCAUUGGUAUCAAAAUGCAGGAACCGAGGAAGGUUUCUUAAAGUGCAGUAAUCCGACGAACGUUGCUUCUUCUAUGGUCAUGUCGGCAAUUCCGCAAACACAUCCCUACAACCAGCAGAUAAUAACAACGAUGUGCAGCGAUUGGCAACCUAUGUAUAACGUUCCUACCGACGCUCAUAUACAAUCGUAUAUUCCUGGAUUAGCCUAUUCGCAUCCUAUAUUUCCCAAUACGGGAAACGAAAUUCAUGACGUUUCGUAUGGAAGGGAAAACGGAAGACGUAGUCGAGGCAGAGGCAUAAGAAGAGACAAUUUUACCAGAGGCAUCAAUCAAACCACCGAAAUACACUCUGGAUACAUGGGCGAACAGAGUCAAUUUCACCCGCCGAUACCCGUCAUGUACUUUUUGUCCGAUCACGCUGUAUCUCCGCAACAACAUCAAGUUGCCGGACCAAUCUUUUAUCCCCCCAUAUAUUCCUCGCCAACUAUCCAUCCGCAUACAAAUACGCAUCCGCAUGCGCAUCCUACUUAUCCGUCGCACCAUCAUUCGUCUAAUAACAUUAGAUACGGCAGACAAUCGCAAUCCGUUAUCACGCAGCAAAGUCAAGAAUGUCUGAAAACGACGACCGCUGCUAAAACGCAAGAGAAACGUCCACAAAAUGUAUAUUCAUCCGUCAAACCAUCCUAUCACCAAUUGUCAAACGAGGAAGAUAAUAAUUCCUCUCAGACGAACAUCGUGACAACGGUUAUCGUAAAUAACAGUAAUCGAGAGUCUUGCAUCGAUAACGAGGACGAAAGUACUGCCACCAAGAAGAACGCGAAUAACAAUACUAAAGUGUCACCGGUUAAUGUAAAAAUAGAACAUAAUAUAGUCUCGACCGUCAACGAAGCUUGCAACGGUACGGAGAAAAGCGAUGUACCAUGUGUAAAUAUUAAUAGCAGCAUCGAAGUUAAACAAAACGGCGAAAGCGAGAAGGAAUAUAAAAAUGAAACUGUUUCUAGUAUUAAGACGACUGUCGUUAAGACACUGUCCACGUCUACGUCGAAGUCCGGUGAAAACGAAGUACAAAUCGAAGAAAACGGCCCAUCCAAAGGCAUAUCCGAUGAGCCACUCGUAAAAGCUUCGAAUAAUUCUUUAAUACCUACGAAUGUAUCAAGCGCCGCAAGUUCCUCGCCUUCUAUCACGCCGAAUAUGUCUUGGGCAAACGUUCUCAAAAAAGGCAGUUCGGAAUUACAAAGUACUCCUUCGACGUACAAGCCAAUGGCGCGAAUCAAUCCGUUACCAGCCACACCUGUGAUCGAACAGAGCGCAUCUCCGAAAACGCCGUUGCAAACGAUCGUGCAAAGGGAUCAACGUAUUGGAAGUCCAUCUCUUGAAAACGAAAGUCUUCCUCCUAGUGCGCACAAUGUACCGAGCGAUUGUACGAAACAGCAAACGGAAUCGACGCUCAACAAAUAUGACGAUCCUACCGUUUUUAGAAUGGGCGAAUUUUUAUUAAACUAUCAGAUGGACAAGCAAACGGUAAGCUUGCUACCGCGCGGCUUGACGAAUCGUAGCAACUAUUGUUACAUCAAUAGCAUAUUACAAGCGUUACUUGCGUGUCCACCCUUUUACAAUCUUCUCAUGGCUCUGCCGCAUUCCAAAGGCAAUUGCAAAAAUUCGUCCACCCCGCUCAUAGAUAAUAUGAUCAAAUUUGUUCACGAAUUUACACCUCUGUCGGACAGCGCGAGAUUAGCCAGAAAAGAUAGGGUACACAAACGAGGAGAUAAUUCGAUUGUAGACAUACAAAGCGGUAUGGCGUUCGAACCGUCUUACGUGUACACCAUGCUAAAAAAUACUUCAGCCGCCGGAGUGUUCUCCGUAGAAGGGCGACAAGAGGACGCAGAGGAAUUUCUCUCGUGCCUUCUAAAUGGUAUCAACGACGAAAUGUUAGAGCUUAUUAAAUUAGUAAACAAUGAACCAAAUCCAGCUGCCAACGCGGAGACCAACAUUAAUUACAAUCACGCGGAAGAGGAAUGGAAAGUAAUGGGACCAAAGAACAAAGGAUCCAUCACACGAUGCACCGAAUUUGGUCGGACUCCGUUGUCGGAUAUCUUUCGCGGCCAAUUAAGAUCUAGAGUAUCUCGGGUGGGAGAACAACCGACCGACAAUGUGCAACCCUUCUUCACGUUGCAGCUUGAUAUCGAAAAGGCGGAGACAGUGACAAGAGCGCUCGAAAUACUGGUCGGAAAAGACCAAUUGGAAGGGAUGACUUGUAGUAAAACGAAGCAGCAAAUAGAAGCCUGGAAGCAAGUCACUUUGGAAGAAUUACCUGUUAUACUUAUAUUACAUUUAAAGUGGUUUGAUUACAAGCUUAACGGAUGUUCGAAGAUAUUUAAGAAAGUAGAGUUCCCCAUAGAUUUAAAGGUGGAUGCCAAAUUCUUGUCACCAAAUAUAGGAAAAAAAUUGAAUUCCAAACAAAAGCAGUACAAAUUAUUCGCCGUUACUUACCACGUUGGGAAAGAAACAACAAAAGGCCACUACGUUACCGAUGCCUUUCACGUAGGCUACGGAGGCUGGGUAAGAUACGAUGACAGUUCGUUACAAGGUAUUUCAGAGAAUGACGUUUUAAAUCCAGUUCCUCCUAGCGUACCCUAUUUACUAUAUUAUAGAAGGUGCGACACUAUCGGGAAUAAUCAAUCAAACGCAGGUAGAACUCGUUGAAAUAUCACUAUUCAUUUGUAUAGAUAAAAGUCCUAUUCUAAACAAAUAUAGUGUAUCACUUUUUACGAUUUCACGUUUAUUGUUGAUAUUUAUAUCUGAGUAAGCAGAACGUUUGUUACAAAGUAUGGUAAAAUUGAAUUACUAUUUCCUUUUAUCUUACUACACUCUCAUCAAAUAUUUAUACUAAACUGUUACUAGUUUUACGCGUAGUUUUUCUGAUACAUAACUUGAAAGUAGCUAAGGUAAAGCAAGUGUUCAUACUAGCACAUUUUAUUGGCGUUGGGUAUUAGAAGCUUAUACUUUAUAAAAUAAAAAAUUAGAUAUAAAUUUCUUGUAUAUAUGUUUCUUCUAAGAAUAUAUGGUAUUAUGUCGGCGUUCGCGCGCGUGUUUACAUGGAAAAGUAAUUUAUAACGUGAAUUUUUGCGAUCACGUUGGAUCUUCUUUCUUUUUUCUCUUUUUCUUCCCGUAGAAGGAAAUUACAAUUUAAUUAGUUUUUUCCUGGAUUAAUAACCGUCAUUUUAUAUCAUUUACAAAGAACCUUUUAACGACGUUCAUUCGUUUAAGAAGCAUCGAAAUCUUUGUUCGCUUAAAUUAUGUUUAAAAUAUAAACAUACCGUCAUAUAUUUCACAUUUAAUCAUUUCUGGUCAUCUUUUUAUCAAAAGGCUUAAUUAUAUAAGUUGUUUUACACGUCACGUACAUGCCUGUUGAUCGUUCUGUACAAAUAAUUUCUUUAAGUCUGCUGAAUUCCCAAUAGAAUUUACUGUGUCCAACUUUUGAUAUUCGUUACUCGUGUUUUUAAGAUUUCUUAAGGUUUCUUAGAAAGAUAAGACUAAAAGUUACGAUAAGUGAGAAAUACGUUUUUUAUCGGGCAAGUGUGAACAUAUUUUCCAAUUUUGCCUUAAAAUCUUUGGCACCGACUGCCUGUCUUAAAGAGAGAGAGAAAAAAAAAAAACCAAGAUUAAUGUAACGUUCAUCGAUCCCAUUAUAAUGUUCAUAAGCUCGUGUAUUUCGUUAGAAACAAAUGUCCAUAAGUGUGUCAUUUCUGCAUAUAAGUAAGUCACUUUUACAUAUUUCUAACAAGACCAGUUUGUUAUUCAAAGAUCAUUAUUUUAAUGAACUUUUUCUUGAACGGUAAAGUUAUAUAGUAUUUGCAUUUUUACAUUUUUCUCAACUUAAGAGAAAUAUUUUUCGUCAAUUUAUAUAUCAAAAUUAACAAUUUAGUCAUUAUUGAAGUAAGGAUUAUUAUGCGGUAAUAUUGUACUGAACCUCCAUUAUAAGAUAUAUAUUUACCAAUUGUAAAUCAAUCAAUCAUAUCGUUGAAAAAUUUCUUUCAAACCGAUUGCAUCUGUAUCGUUUAUAUUUACAUACGACAUACUUUCCAUUUUUGCACCGACAAAAGUCUGCAAAUCUAUGUUCGUUAAUGGUGAUAAAAUUGUCAAACAAACAACAAACUAGUAAAAAGUAUAUAUAUAUAUACACGCAUACACACACACACACACACUUUUAUGAAAAGCUGUAUAAUAUGGUGUAAACUUUUAUUUCUUGUGGAAAUACAAGAAAUUUGAGUAAUAUACAGAUAAGAUUUGAGUAAUACUAUAGCUAUGCAAAAUGGUAAAACUAGAAAUUCUAAUUAUGAAAUAUCGUAUUUACAUACAUACAUUAUCUAUAAAGUAAAAUGUUUAUAAUGUAGAUAAAAUCUUGAUAUAAGUGAAAUUUUGCAAGUGUAUGUAACUUAACAGUAAAAUACAAUAUAUUUCUUUUCAUUUUAGUAUAUCUACUAUAAAUUGUAAAUAAAUAUUUAGUUUAUAAAAAAAGAAAAAAACAAAAAAACAAAAAAAAUAAAUCUAUGUAUAUACAUUAUGUAUAAGCUGUCAUGUGUAUUAAGAUACAAUAUAUGCAAAAUAGGAAUAUUUUACUUCAUCAUGUAUUUCUAUAGCACAUGGAAAAUUCUGUUUAACGAGUAAAAACCAUUUGAAACGUAAUAUCUAAAAAUGGCUCUCUGCUGAUCUUAACAUCAGCAAUAUUGGAUAGCAAUUUUCAAAUUGUUACAAGCAUACGUUGCUCUGAUAAUUUGGACAAUACAAUGGACUGACAAGUAGACAAGUAAUUCUUUAGCGUAACUCGGAUAUUUUUUAACUUACUUUUACUUACUUACUUUUUAUAUUACAAUUAUUUUUGCUUACUAACCGUAAUACGUAAGAAAAGCAAAUCAAUAGGUAUAACGGAUUGAAAAGAUGUCGUUUCUUUAAGAAAUUUUAGCCCAAUCUAAUAAAGUCUCGCUGAACUUUGAAAUGUAAUCCCUUUCAAAAUAUAUAAUACUGAAUAUUAAAAAGAAACUAGUAUAAAGGGCAUAAUUAGAAAAUAUCAUCGCGUAACGCUAAAAAUGUGGUAAACAUACUUUUCCUGCAAAAAGUUCAGAAAUAACUGUGAUCCAUAGUGCCAGAACAAAGAGGAUAUAAGAGAUUCCAACUUGAUGUGAAUUUGGUAAUUGGUACGGUUGUCCACCAAUUUCGUCAAUGUAAAAACCCAUUGGAAAUAGAACAGCCGCCAAGCAAAAUAGUACCACUGAAAUAUUAUAGUGUAACAUUAUUUUAUGAUGUAAUAAUAUCUAUUAUACGCACUUUGAAGAGAUUUCAAAUAAAUUAUUAGU